UUUCUCUCUCCCCUCAUUUCUCAACCUUUUCUCAAAUCCCAAGCUUCUCUAAUUUCCUUCCGUAACUCUAGGGCUCCCUUUUCCACAAAAAUGGUAGGGUUGAGUUUCUACAUUGGUGUUCUAGGCAAUAUCAUCUCAGUUUUUGUAUUCCUUUCUCCAGUGAAAACAUUUGUUCGGAUAGUAAAGCGUAGAUCAACCGAGGAAUUCGAGAGCCUACCUUACGUUUGUAUGCUGCUAAAUGCAUCCUUGUGGACUUACUAUGGGAUCAUUAAGUCUGGAGAAUACCUGGUGGCGACUGUCAAUGCUUUCGGAGAUGUUGUUGAAAUUAUCUAUCUUGUUUUGUUCCUCAUAUAUGCACCCCCUAAGAUGAGGACAAGGACUGCGAUUUUGGUUGCAAUUUUGAAUGUGGGGCUCUUUGCAGCCGCGGUUGUUGGGACGCAGUUGGGAUUGACAGGAGAUGCUCGUGUUGAUGCAGUAGGGUUCAUGUGUGCCGGCCUGAACAUCAUCAUGUAUGGCUCCCCUCUCGCGGCCAUGAAAACAGUGAUAACUACAAAGAGUGUUGAAUUCAUGCCAUUCCUCCUCUCAUUUUCCCUUUUCGUGAACGGUGGAGUAUGGACUUUUUAUUCCUUGCUUGUGAUGGAUUUCUUCCUCUUGGUACCAAAUGGGACUGGAUUUUUACUUGGAACGGCACAGCUAAUUCUCUACGCUAUCUACAGAAGAUAUGACAAGCCAUCAAGGAAUCGUUCGUCGGAAGAUUUGGAGGAAGCUUCGCCCAAGGAAUGCUUAAUUGCCUCAUCAUCCUCGGAAUAAUUAGGCAUGAAGAAGAAGAGUAUUUCAAAUAUAUCAAAAAUAGAUUACCUAAAUUGUUUCUACACCCCCAAAGAGAAAUUGUAUGUUUAUUUUAUUCUUUCAUUUCGGCUUGAUACAUUGCUGCUAUACAGUAAUUGCUAAUUAGCAUGAGUGGGUUUGUGAUAGUAUAUCCAUGCGAAUGGGGUGAGUAAGUACAAGUAUGGACAAGGUAUUUGUUCGUACUUGUAUUUGAUUUGAAUAAUGAUAUGUAUAAGAU